GCGCUUGGCAGGUUCCGUCCAAAAAGAGAAAAAGGGGGACAUUUAAACCCCAAUGUGAUAAUCAAUCAAAAGUACCAGGGAUAACUAUUUGCUUCAUCUACCAUCUCAUCAUGGUAUGUUUAUCUAUACCUCAUAACCUCAGAGGAUGCCUGUCAUAGAUGUGGGCGAAACGUCAGGAGAGAAUACUUCUGGAACAUGGCCACACAGCCUGAAAGACAUACAACAACCCCAUCUCAUCAUAGUUUACUUUACCUCAGUGCACUGACAAUAUCCCUAGAAUCUAUCUAUCCAUCGCCUGACUAAUUAUUCUUGACUACUGUUAUUGUGUAUCUUCAAGUUGUUUCCAACUUAUUGUGACCUCGAGGAAAACUUUUCUUGGCAAGAUUGAUUCAGGAGAGGAUUUACGUCAGCCUUCCUCUGAGGUUGAAAGAAUGUGUCUUGCCUAAGCUCACCCAUUGGGUUUUCAUUGCCAAGGGGUUGGGAGGGGAUUCAACUCCUGGUCAUCAGAGUCCUAAAGACUAGCAAAAUAUUAAUUAAUAGGAUUCCUCCAGUGUGUCAUCUUUGUUGCUGAGAUCAACUCAAUACUAAUGGCUGGAGAUGAAAUUUGAUUGAAUUUGCCACCACGUAUGCAUUCAAUCUUCACAACACCAUUGCUACACAGGCAGCCAAGGUAACAUUGUUCAGAACUACGGGGGAAAUCUGAUGGAAAACCAGAGUGUGUCUGAAUUCAUCUUGGUGGGUUUUUCUAUUGGCCACCAAGCAGAGAUUCUUCUUGGCUUUCUCUUUUUAGCUUUGUACAUUGGAACAUUGAUGGGCAAUGUAACCAUCCUUUUCAUUGUGUUUGUGGACAACCGAUUGCACACUCCAAUGUACUUCUUUCUUGGCAACAUCUCUAUCCUAGACAUCGCCUUCACCUCGGUCAUCAGCCCACAAUUGCUAUGGAACCUCUUUUCAGAAGACAGGUCCAUCUCUUUUGCCGGUUGCAUAGCCCAAUCCUAUUUUUACUUCUUCCUGGGCACAGUAGAGUUCUUCAUGUUGACAUCCAUGUCCUAUGACCGCUACGCUGCCAUAUGCAAACCUCUACAGUAUCAUGCAAUCAUGAACACCCAUGUAUGUGUCCGGAUGCUGUUGGGCAGCUGGAUGGGUGGCUUCCUUUUUGUUCUUUUCCCCACUAUCAUGAUCAGCAGGUUAUCGUAUUGCAAAUCCAACAUCAUCAACCAUUUCUUUUGUGACAGUGGCCCACUGCUGAAUCUAUCCUGCAGUGACACUUGUUUCAUCGAGUUGGUGGACUUUGUGCUCUCAUUUGUGGUCAUCCUGUGCUCCUUGGUCUUAACAUUGGUGUCCUACAUAUACAUCAUUUCAGCAGUAAUGCGCAUCUCCACCACCACUGGCCGGACCAAGGCUUUUAGCACCUGCACUUCACACCUGGCUAUCAUUUCCAUAACCUGCAGCAUUAGCAUCUUCAUUUAUGUCACCCCCUCCCAGAAAGAAACCUUAGAGGUUCACAAGGUCCCUGCUGUUCUCACCACUAUCGUGUGUCCCUUUUUCAACCCUUUGAUCUUCACUUUGAAAAAUGAGUCUGUGAAGCAGGCAUUGAGAGAUGUGUUGCAUCUGGUGGCUCAGAAGAUUUGUGCUUUGCAGAAACAUAAUAAAAAUCAGUCUGAAAACACACAGUCGUAAGAAAACAACUUGGCAAAUGAUAUCUGACUUUUAUACAAAAGGCGGAUUCUACAGUUUUUGUGAUGACUGGAAGGAGAGGCCAUGGCAAGUUACCUAUGGUAAAAAGGAAUAUAUGUACAGUAAGCAUGAUCAAGGAUUAAAGUUUUCCUUGGACACUCUAUUUGUGGGAAGGCAUGGAAAGGAGAAAAAGGCCCUUAAUCAGGAUUGCAACUGAAUGGUUACCUUUACUGAUGAUUCCCAUCAUAAGCCAGCAUGCUCGUCCUAUUCCCUAUCUACCUUCUCCCCAUUAUUAUCCUGUCCCAACGAUGUAGAGAAAACAAGUAGCUCACAAUUCUGCAAUGUUUCUGUCCUCAAUCUCAAUGCAGUAAAUUUGUUAUAUUUCUGGGCUGGCAUGCCAGCACUACAAAUGCGGCAGCUUAAGAGCUGUUUUGAAAUGAUUAAUUGUAUUUAGAAACUCCCAGAGAAAUGCUAAAGAGAGAGCCCAAAAGAGUCUCAAAAUAAUGCUGAAACUGAAAGUCAGUUUGCUGUUUCCUAACAUGCAGUCUCUCUCUGAAGAACACAAUUUUCGGCUGAUAAGACACCUAGAACAGAAAGGAGUAAACUCCUCUCCCUUUUGCUAAAAUUGUUUCCCAGUGUCUUAUCACAUUUGCUCUGAACGACAAUGAACAAUAGAGCGCUUGUUAGAAUAGCAACAAAAUAUAGUUUCCCCAACGACAUGAUGUCAGGAUCUCUGAGUCUCCUCCUCUGCUCUUUUCCCUUAUUAUUCCAAAGCUGUUCAUUUUUUGUUUAUUAUACAUUUCAUAGUUAUAUUUGCUUUGGUUUCUCGAAGCUGGAAUUGUGACAUUGCUCUAAAAUUAACAUAAA